AUGACCAUUACGAAUCUGCUGAUCAUCUUGAACCUGGGCUGUGAAAUGCUGUAUGUGAUUGACCAACGAUUGAAGGCUCAGUCAAUACCGCUGGACAAAUCUGCUCAAGUUCUUCGCGAAAUUACUGAGGUGCUGCUAGAUCCCAAGUUUUUGCACUACAUUUCAACCGCUUACCAGCAAAGCCAGCUAACGGUCCAGCAAACGCGGAUUCUACUAACGGACAUCGCCUGCUGCUCGCUUAUGCGCCUGGACGUGAACUCGAUGGACAAGCUGUGGGAUCUGAUGGUGAUGAUCUUCAAGUGGCAGAUGUUUUUGACCAACAAAAGUGCCCAAAUGCUUCUCGACCUUUCCUUCCGCCAUCUGGACGGAAUUGGACGACUGAUCCCGGAGAUGCGCAAACAGAUCCUGAUCGAUAAUGUGAAGAAGUCGCUUAUCGAACUGUGGGAUCCGCUGUGCGAAGAUGAGCAGAUCAUUGUUCAUCGUAAGGUGUACAAGUGGCUAAAACCGUACAACACGAAAAUCUCCAUUCUUAUUCGCAUGGGGUUACAGAAAUCGAACGGCGACUUCGAGAUCGAACCCAAAAACAAUCUUUUCUACAAUUACUACAUCGAAAACAUAGGCGAAAACAUUUACUCCAAAACGGCCAACUUAAACGCCCUGAAGGCACAAAGCGAGGCUUCUGGUUCCAUGAGCAGCUCUAGUGCGGAUAUGGUAACGGCAGGCUAUGAAAUUGAUACGCUGGUCCAACAACUGAACAUCCAGCACAAUCCCACGACCGUCGGAGAACCCGGGUCUAGUGAUGGCGUUGCUAGCUCAGAUAAGGCUACUACUAAUUCCGGCUCCAUGCACAGUGCCUUGAAUGAAAUCGUUAUGAAUGAAGACUCGCGCAGUGAUGAGUCCAGUCGGAUUAAGGAUAAUGUGCAAAGUGCGACUAGUGAGAAUGGGAAGGACAUGGCGAAUACCGCGCAGCGAGAGAAUGGUAAUGAUAGGGAAAGCAAUUUGGAGAAGUUGAUGAAAAAAAUUAAUUUGGAGAAGGAAGAAUUUAAUGCAACGGACAGCGGCGCCAUCGAUGCCAAUGAUGAACUAUUGAAAAUGUUCGAUUAGAAGUGCAGACGAAUGGCAAACUCUUGUGCCGGU